UUCUCUUGCUCUUGGAAGUGUGGAAGCUGAGGGGCGGGGCUUAUUUCAGGCACAUGGGGCGCCCUCUUGAUCCUUGAAAGAGGUCAUUAGAACAGUGUCUGAAUACAUUAUGGUUCAUCCCAUGUGAUGGAGUACCAUAGAGCUUGACAAAGGGAAAGUGGUCGGACUAUCUGUAUUGACCUGGGAAAAUCUCUGUGAUACAAGUUUACCAGAGGUCCUACACUAAUGCAAAAUUUUAAUAAUAGGGAGAGAAUUUAUGGGAACUCUGUAUUUUGUGCAUGAUUUUGUAACCCUACAACUUCACUAAUUAGGAAAAAAAAGGAAAUUGCAAAAUGUGUGUCUGUGUAAGAUAAUGAGAAUGUGGCAAAAUGUUAUCAAUUGGUGAAUCUAGGUGAGGGUUUCCCAGUGUUCAUUAUACACCUUCCACUUUUCUGUGUGCCUAAACUUUUUAAAUAAGAAACUUGGCAGAGUAAUAUGUAUAGCAUGUUUCUCUUUCUGUAGAAGCAAAUGUAUGUUUAUAUGCGUAGAUGUUGAUAUAUCUGUAAACUUAGGCCAAAGCCAGUUAGAAUCUGAACCAAGUCAUAACAGUGGUUACCUCUGGAGCAGAGGACUUAAUAUCAUUUGAUAUGAUGUAAUCAUUUUUAUGUGAUAAAAUUUUAAAGAGUAGUGGUAUAAUGUGACCUCUAUAUUUUUAAAGUAUUCCAAGUAUUUAAAAAAAAAUUGAGUACAAAAUGAUGUACUCCAUUUUUCCAGCCUCAAAAUAUCAUCUGUAUAUAUAGCAUGAUAUAUACACAUCAUGAUAUAUAUAUGUAACCAUGAACAUGAUAUGUAUAUGUAAUAUAUAUAAUCAUGUUAUUUCUAGAUAUAUUUGGUAUUAACCAUGUUCAAAGAAAGAUGGUGAACUAUUUUGUGCCACGCUGUACUCUGGGUUUUUAAUCUUCAUCCUCUCACCUGCCUCACCAGGGUAAUUUAAAUCUGAAGAACCCCUCAUAAGUCUAAAAUAUAAUUACCAUUAAUUCCAAGGAGACAUUUUUAUGUAUUCCUUUGUCCCUAGAUUAACAGUCAUUUAUACUACAACCCCACCAUCAUUCAUUAAAAAAGACACAGUUGAAUAAUUAACAUUAGUUAACAUUACAGGACAUAAUGCAGACCCUCUUAAUUACUCUAGAAAGGGGCUGUCUGCUGUUUUCUGGGUCUUUCAUAGCUGUCCUGUAGUGUAUGAUUUAGACUGUGCUCACAAAGAAAAUCCAGAGGACCCACAGAAGGGAACUCAGGAAUUUCAGUUUUGGAGAAUAAUGGGAGCACUUCCCAUGAGGUCCUGAUAGUGGUUUUUCUCCCUAAUCAUAGAAGUGGAUGUGGGGACAUUCGCUCACUCACUCUCAUUUGUUCCAAAAAGACACAUGCAUAGAGCAGACAUCAUGGGCUGCCAGGGAUAUAGUGGUGAAUAAGGCCUGGCACAUGUGAUAACACAGUCAACAAUUAAUGACAGAGUUUAAUUUCAGACGAGAUUCAUGUUAACAUUGAACACCGGCAGCCAAGAGGUACUGUUACAGGGCACUGUCCUGGGUGCUCAUAAUUGGCUUUCUGUCAACUCAGUGAGGAGGAUGGGUGAGGGCACUGCCAGCAGAGGAAGCAGCUGGUGUGAAGGCUCACGAGUGAGAAGACCGCAGGAUGGAUGGGAAAAAUAUCUCUUGCCAUCAGAAAAUACAGGAAGCUUGGAGGGGCACUAUUAAUAAUCAGAUAAAGUAAACUUCAACAUAAAGUAUUACCAGUGAUAAAGGGGAACAGUUCACAGUGAUACAGAGAUCAGUUCAGGAAGACAUAGGCAAACAGUAAAUGUGUAGGUGCCUAAUCAUAGAGCUUCAAACUGCACAUUGUAGAAACUGACAGAUUUAAAGAAGAAAAGACAAACCCACAAUCAUAGUUGAAGAGUUUGAAACUUCUCUGUUAGCAAUUGAUAGAACAAUUAGAAAAAAAAUUCAGUAUAUAUACAGAAGAUGUGAGCAACACUUAACCACAUUGAUCUAAUUGACAUUUAUAGGACACUACAAAACAACUGCAGAAUAUGCAUUCUUUUCAAGUUUGCAUGGCACAUUCACCAAAACAGGCUUUGCUGGGCCAUAAAACAAGUCUUAAUAAAUUUAAAAGGAUUGAAAUCAUGUGGUUAGGGUGUUCUCUAACCACAAUGGAAUUAACUUACACAUUAACAAGAUAUAUGUAUAUACGAACACCAAAUAUUCGCAGAUAAAGAACACACUUCUAAAUAACUAUGGGCCAAAGAAGAAAUCACAAGGGAAAAUUUAAAAUCCUUUAAAAUGAAUGAUAAUGAAAAUUUUAUGUAACAAAGUCUGUGGGAUGCAGCUAAAACCCCUGAGGGGAAAUUUAUAACUGUAAAUGCUUUUAUAGAAAAUGAUAACAAAUCAGUGACCUCAGGUUCUACUUUUAGCAGCUACAAGAAGGGGAAAGAAAGCCCAAAGUAAGUAGAAAGAACAAAUAAAGCAGAAAGCAAAAGCAAUUUGCUCAAGGUAAGGAAAUUUCAGACUUUGUCUGGGAUGGGGAAGAGGACAGGUGUAGGAUUGGGAAUAGUCAAUGAGCAGGCAAGGUUGUGAACCCAGGUCUGCCUAACUGACACUGAAGUUCUGUAACAGAUAACCGUCCUGUCUUCCAGUUUACUCCAUUGUCUCUGAUAGCAGCCACAAGAUGUGACCCAGCUUCUUGGCUGGGCUGCCUUCCACCUACCGCAUUUACUGAGUUCUCAUUCUAGCUCACUGGUUCUGAAACUUGAGCACACCUCAGAAACAUCUGGAAGGUUUGUUAAAACACAGAUUGCCAGGGCCUUAGAAUUUGCAUUGCUAACAAGUCUCCAGGUGAUGCUGACACUGCUGGUUUGGGGACCUCACUGUGAGAAGCACUGCUCGGGACCAACCUCUGCAAGGGAUGCCAAGAUAAACAGCUCUGCCCUCAUCAAGUCCAUGACCUACCUGGCUUGGAGAUAUUUCUGCCUUCAUAGUUCUCCACCUUUACCAAAAAACUGCAGGAAAUGAACAAAUCCCAGGGAUCGGUGUCGUACGUGGACGUGACUGUGAACUUCACCCAGGAGGAAUGGGAGCAGCUGGACCCCUCUCAGAGGAUCCUGUACAUGGAGGUGAUGCUGGAGAAUUAUAACAACUUACUUUCAGUGGAAGUGUGGAAGGCUGAUGUCCAGAUAGAGAAGGUCCACAGAAACCCCGAGGAACAGGCGAGGCAUUUUAUAAUCCUCAAGAACCAAACCCCAAUUGAGGAAAGAGGUAAUCUCUUUGGAAAAACAUUUAAUCAGAGCACAGACUUGGUUUCUUUAAGACACGUAUCUUAUAAAUAUGAUGUUUGUGAAAAAACUUGGAAAUAUAAUUCAGACUUAUGUAAUAGUAAUUGCUAUGCAAGAAAGAAAGCUGAUGAAUGUAAUGGAUUUGAGAAACCACUCCUCUAUCUGAAACAAGAGAAAACCCAUACUGGAGUGGAAUACUCUGAAAAUAAUAAAAAUGGAAAAGACUUCAGCCAUAAGGAAGCCAUACAUAAACAUCAGAAAAAUAGAAAUUUGGCUCAACCUUUAGUUUGUAAUUACUGUGACAAGGUCUUCAGCUUUAAGUCACUUGUCAUUUGUCAUAAGAGAAUACGUAGUGGAGAAAAACCCUAUGAGUGUAAUGUAUGUAAGAGAACCUUCUCCCUUAGAGCAAACCUCACUAAACAUGAGAGAAUUCAUACUGGGGAGAAACCCUUUAAAUGUCCCGUAUGUGGAAAAGCUUUCACCCACCAGUCAAGCCUCAUUUUACAUCAGAAGGCACAUAAGGAGAAAAGGCCCUACGAAUGCAGUGAAUGUGGCAAGAGAUUUCCUAACAAGCUUGAACUCGCUACACAUCAGAGAGUUCAUAGAGGGGAGCGGCCCUAUGAGUGUAAUGAAUGUGCAAAAGCCUUCUUCAGGAAAUCAGACCUCAUGAAACAUCAGAAAAUUCACACGGGGGAGAAACGCUACAAGUGCAAUGAAUGCGGAAAAUCCUUUCUCCGGAACGAACAACGCAAGGUACAUAUGAGAAGUCAUACAGGAGAGAAACCCUAUGAGUGUGCUGAAUGUGGUAAAACUUUCACCCAGAAGGCAAGCCUUAAAUUACACUUGCUGAUUCAUAGAGGAGAGCGACCAUUUGAGUGUAUUUUAUGUGGCAAGGCCUUCUACAGGAGGUACCGCCUCCACGUCCAUCAGAGAGUUCAUUUAGGAGAUAAACCCUGAGACUGCAACAGGGUGGAACUGUGGAAAUCUCUUCCACAAGAACCCUUCCCGUGGGAGAGAAACUCGUGAAGGAAUUUAAAGAAUGUGGGGAUUCAUAGUGAGAUACAGUCUGUCAACUCAAAAAUGUGCUAGAAAUAGGAUCCUGUAAGAAAAAUAUUGUACUUGAAGUUAGAUAUGAUGCCCAGCUAAGGAAUACAUAUCAGAAUGUAUCUACUUGUGCAUAGAUAUGCUCAGCUAGUUUUUUUAAAAGUUUGAAUGAGUUGAAUAUUCCAGGCAGCAGUAUAAAGGAUAUACAAGCAGUAUCAGAAGUAUGUAUUGGUUAUAUCUGAGAUUGUGCCACAAGAACAAAUUGUAUGUAUUAGUUCUGUACGUGUGAAGUUAGCACAGUCACUGGGAGUUUGAAAUUCUUGUCCUCUGUGAUAGUUAGGAGACAUUAAAGGAGACUUUCCGUGCUAAGCAUCACUUGUGUUUAUCAGUACCUUUCCACCCAGUGUGCAUUCCAGUGAAAUUUGUUAACAGUGUAAAGUAGCGGGUAGUGUAUCUUCUUCCUGCUGCUUGCUGGCAUACGUAAAUUGCCAUGGCCAUUUUUACUGAGCUGCCUUUUCAGUAAACAGUAGACAAUGUCGUUGAAGUUUUAACCUGCUUCUGGGUGUCCCAAAGAUUGUGUAGAGGCAUUAUUUACAUAAAUAUGCAAGUGUGAGAUAAUUAAGAGAUCUAGAGAGUAGAUGGAGGCAGAUGGAGGCUGUGUUAUGCAGUAUGCACCACAGAAUUUUUACAGUGCACUAAAAAGAGAAUAUCCUCAUCCGUCAUGCUCUAGGUAAUUUUCAGAGGGAUAUUUACAUAAAAUUGCACUUGUACUGCCAAAAUAUGUAUAACCCCCAAACCACCUGUAUUUUUAUUUGUUGCCUUGGUUCUCUUAAUAUUUUAGGCAUAGUCUUGCAAAAAAAGUUAAAAUGGUUAGGUAAUUCACAGCUGUUUGUCACAUUUCAGAGGUUUUAGAGGAAAAUUAUUUUAUUUUGAGAAACUGUCAAGAGAUGUCUGUUUUCUUUAAAAUUACUUUUUAAAAUUUCCAUGUACACAGUCUGCUUUAGAAAUGACGUUCUUUAAAGAGGUAUUGCUACUUCUUUGAGUUUCACUAUCAUCAACCUAAAACAUUUCCUUUGUAACCUAAUUUACUGUAAGUUAUACCUUUCCUUUAAAAGGUCACAAAGCAAAUACCUCCUAAGUUAGAUUUUCAGUGGUCUCACCAUAUAUUGUUUGAUGAUUAAUGUAAAAACAUUUCUUCGUCGUCUUUUUUUUGCAAAAACAGAUUUAUCAUUUUAGGCUUGAUUCCAACUUCAAAGGUUCAGCCUUUCCCUGUCAUUCACAAAUCAUGCCUUAGAAUUGCAAAUGGAAGCCAUAACUGUCCUUUUUUCUUUUAUUAGGUAUUUUUAAAAAUCAUUGAUGUGACUACUUUUGAGUGUGAACGACUUUCUGAACAAAUUUAUCAGAACAUACAUACUCCAAUAAAUCUUUGUCUGUCAUAUCGUCAUCUUACUUACUAAUGGCAGGGAAGUAGGUGUAAAAGUUAAUUUCAUACACUGUUCUUAGAAAUGUAAAUUGUGACAGCCUCCUUGGAAAACAUUGUAAGUCUGACUUUUAGCACUAAGGUUAUACACCCUGUGCUGGGUUUGGAUGUAUUAUGUUCCUCAAAAUGCCGUGUUCUUUGAUACAGUCUUGUGUUGAUUAGGUUGGAACCCUUGGAUUAGGUUGUUUCCAUGGAGAUGUAACCCACCCAACUGUAGGUGAUA